CUUUUCUCUAAAAUUUGCAUCUUCCUUCACUUGUGAGCUUUGGACGAGAUCCCUUUCUCUCCCAUUCCCAUUCCCAUUCCCAUUUCCGAUCAACCACAUUUUUCUCUCUCUCCAUUUUCGUCAUUGUUGCAAGAGAUUCAUCGUUUCAUUUUGAAAAAUAAAAACUCGGAAGUUGAUGGCUGCUCCACCGGCAAGGGCUCGUGCCGAUUACGAUUAUCUUAUAAAGCUUCUUUUGAUCGGUGACAGCGGUGUUGGAAAAAGUUGCCUCCUUUUGCGUUUCUCUGAUGGUUCUUUCACCACUAGUUUCAUCACAACUAUAGGCAUUGAUUUUAAGAUAAGAACCAUCGAGCUUGAUGGCAAACGGGUCAAGCUCCAAAUUUGGGAUACUGCAGGGCAGGAGCGGUUUCGAACAAUUACAACUGCUUACUAUCGGGGUGCUAUGGGCAUAUUGCUAGUAUAUGAUGUUACAGAUGAAUCAUCAUUCAACAAUAUCCGGAAUUGGAUUCGCAAUAUUGAGCAACAUGCUUCCGACAAUGUUAACAAAAUACUGGUGGGGAACAAAGCUGACAUGGAUGAAAGUAAAAGGGCUGUGCCUACGUCCAAGGGCCAAGCACUGGCUGACGAGUAUGGAAUCAAAUUCUUUGAAACUAGUGCUAAGACAAAUCUAAAUGUGGAGGAAGUUUUCUUUUCAAUAGCAAGAGAUAUAAAACAAAGGCUGGCCGACACUGACACCAAGGCAGAGCCAUCAACAAUCAAAAUCAACCAGGACCAGGCAGCGGGGGCCGGGCAGGCUGCACCAAAAUCGGCUUGUUGUGGUUAAGGACAGAUGUUACGAAUUGGAGGCAACAUUAUUGUCCAACAAGAAGGAAAGAAAAAUUAAUUGUAUAAUGAUCAUGAUGCUGACUUGUGCUUGAUGUCAUUCUUUAUAAAUUUUGUGUGUGAUAAGUAGUUUCUAACUUUUCAACAUGUUAAAUUCUAAACUAGAUGUGAUUGUGGUGAUUUCGUGUCUAACAGCCCCUGACUUCGUUUGGGUUGGGGACCUGAGAUCCAUUAAAUUUUGUUACUGUAUAAACACGAUGGCUUGUGCUGGAUUGCU